CGCUGAAGUUUUUUCACUUUUCUAUAAAGGGCAUUGAAGGGGAAGAAGGAUGAAGGUUCAUCCAUGAAGAGGUAGAUAGUUUGGUGAAGAAAUUACGUGACAAGAUUCAGUCUCCAGCACAUUGGGGCGCACAUUGUGGCCACCAAGAUGUGGCAAGGGCUUUACUGGGCUUUUGCCUUCCCGCCCUCUGCGGAGGUAUGUUCAAUAUUCGACAUUGGAACUCUUAUCGAUGAAUCAUCCAUCCAGCUCCCCAGAGAACGACUACAGUUUAGUACAUGGGGUGCUGCCAAGCUGCCGUACCGAGUUUCACAUUGACAAGAACUGAAGCGGAAACAAACAUUGCCCCGAGAGAACUUCUUGGCCGUCCAAUUUGCCCAACGCCCGCUUCGCCCCCUUUUGCAGACUUUGCUUUACCUCGGGGCCCCAAGCAUCGCCUCUGUCGCCUCUACACGACGACGCCUUUUGCUGACAUGGAUCGGGUUGUGGGGUUUUAUUCCGUCUUUUUCAUGUGCCAUCGCAAGUUUGUGUCUUUGAGCGGGUUUGUGCCGUCCCUCGCGGAAUGGGGCAUGGCACGAACUGCUUGCCUUCCUAGCUGGGCAUCCGGCUGCAGCUUUUCCAACAGUCCAGUGGCUGCAAGAGCGCAGUCGAUGCCGAAUCCAUCGACGCUCCGUCUUCUACGCGCAAGCCGCUCCGCCUGCAAGCUGGUGGCCCUUCAAAACAAGGCGGCACGGCGUUUUUUCCCCUGCAAAAGCACAUGUCUGCAGUAGAGUACGAGUGCCUACAGUAGCAAAUCGAGGCCUACCUACCUGUAGUCUAGCAGAUCUGGCCCGGGCGUCCGUGCCCUGCUCUUGACGCCGAGAAUCAGUGAACAAGUCAGAUAUGUCUCCAUGCUUACAGGGUGGCGGGUGGGUUUUCUAGAGCCCUAUGCGAUGCAGGGAAGCAUUGCGAGACAAUCUGGAGGGGGCCCCUUGUCACAGCCUUCGGAAGCUAGCAAUGCAACCUCG